AUGCCAUCAUCAUCAACAUCCCCAAACCCAUUUUUUAUUCAUGCUCAAAUCAAUCACACUUAUCAUAACAUUCUUCUGGACACUGGUUCUAGUAUCACUAUUAUCCAUAAUCGAUUUUUACAACGUAUAUAUCACAAUACAUUUGAACCUUCACAGAAUUCUUAUAUUUCAGCUAAUUGUACCACGAUCAACAUAAUCGGUAAAGUUCAACUUGAAAUAAAAAUUAGCGGUCUUUCUACUUUCGUAACGGCUUCUGUUGCCUCGAGUCUCGUCACCGAUGUCUUAGUAGGCACUGACUGGAUUAAUCAAUAUGUUUUAUGUUUGGAUGUUUCUACACGACGUUUAACUUUACAAGACACUACAGGUCACACUACCACCACUUCACUCAUUCAAUCGAACAAUACAUCAUGCUGCACAGUCCGCCUACUUGAUCAAAUUACUAUUCCACAAUACUCCGAAUCUAUUAUUACAGCCACUGUACACCUGCCAGAUAGUUCAAAUUUGUUGUUUGAACCGUCUUCCAGCUUUAACCAAAAAGCCGUCAUACUCCCAACUGCUCUAAUAACAGUAACUAAUUCUCAAACACACUUAACUAUUGUCAAUACUACCAGUCAUCCAUAUACUUUAUCUUCAAAUACAUGUCUCGGUACUGUUUCUUCAUCAUCACUAAUAUGUGCAACUACAUCACAACAUCAAUUCCAAUCAUCCAAAAUACAUCAUCGUUCUCCUAAUUCAUCGCAUAAAUGUUACGUCUGUCAUCAGAUAUUUUUAUCACAAAACAAUCUUUUUCAUCAUCUUCGUGUACAAUGCUAUCCGCCAGAAUUACGACAUCAAAUCGAAACAUUAACACGACACAUCGACUCUACCUCACAUCGGAAAAAAAUUCAAGACGUCCUUUGGAAAUACGGUAAACUGUUCGAUCUACGUCAGCCAUCAAAAAUCAAUAUCACUCUCGAUCAUGUGAUCGAUACCGAUCAGCAUCGACCAAUCUAUACUCCACCUUAUCGACGUUCACCUCAAGAUCAUCAAACUAUUACCGAAGAAACAGCCAAACUUUUAAAACAAGACAGUAUCGAACCAUCAACAUCACCUUGGUGUUCGCCCGUCGUAUUAGUACGUAAGAAAGACGGUACUACACGAUUUUGCGUCGACUAUCGAAAACUGAAUGAUAUUACUGUAAAAGAUUCUUUUCCACUACCUCGUAUCGAAGAUAUUUUCGAUCAACUGUCUCAAUCAACCUGUUUUACCACACUAGACUUUAAGAGCGGAUAUUUUCAAAUACCAUUAGCAAUUCACGAUCGUCCUAAAACGGCAUUUUCCACUCGUGAUAAUCAUUAUCAAUUCAAAGUCCUUCCUCAAGGUGUCAAAAAUGGUCCACCUACAUUCCAACGUAUUGUAAACCAAAUUUUAGGUCCUGCUCGAUGGAAACAUUGUCUAGCGUAUCUAGAUGAUGUAGUCAUUUUUUCGAGAACUUUUGAAGAUCAUGUUUCUCAUUUGGAUGAAAUCUUAUGUUUACUUCACACACACAAUUUUCGUCUAAGUUUCGAGAAAUGUACCAUCGCUACCGAUAACAUCGAUUACCUGGGUCACCACAUUUGUCGUGGAGAAAUUCGUCCGAAUAAUGAUAAUAUACGAGGUUUAUUGGAAACUUCUACGCCAACAACACCGAAAGAGAUUUUUCGUUUUUUAAAGGGAGCUGAAUACUACCGUAAAUUCAUCCCCAACUUUUCUCGUAUUGCUAGUCCAUUAUAUAAAUAUAAUCCUUCCAGCUAUACACAUCCAUCUAAUAGUAAAUCUACACUUUUCAAAUUAUCUACCGAAGAACAAGCUGCUUUCGAACAACUCAAACACAUACUUACUACUGAUCUUGUUCUUCGACUCCCCAACAAUCAACUUCCUUUCAAAAUACAAACAGAUGCUUCGCAACUUGGCAUCGGUGCUGUUCUAUUACAAACAUAUCCUGAAGGUGAUCGUCCUAUAUGUUAUAUGUCUAAGAAACUUACACCUACUCAACAACGCUGGUCUCCAAUCGAACAGGAGUGUUAUGCAAUCAUCAAAGCUGUUGAGUUCUGGCAUCACUAUUUACACGGUCAUCAUUUCAUCUUAGAAUCUGAUCAUAAACCAUUAGAAGCACUCAUGCGUAAAUCUCAAAUGAACGACAAAUGUGAACGAUGGCGUUUACGGCUACAAUCCUACGACUUCACCAUAAAACACAUCAAAGGUAAAUCGAACACUAUGCCCGAUUAUUUAUCUCGAUCACCGGUAGAUCACGCUGAAGAUGACAUGGACGAUAAAGCUCUUCCAACUUCUAUUUCUAUCGGUACUCAAACUGAUGCAAGUGAUAACGACACUCUUCUCACAUCAUCAAUCGUCGGCAUGGUUACUACUCGUUCUCGUUCUCGCCAAUUAGCACAAUCCGAUCAUCAUACUACUACUCAAUCAAACAUCAAUCGAUCUGAUAUUCAAAAUCAUCAAUCCACGUCAUCCAAUUCUACAAUUACUACUGAUGAUCCACGAAUCGAAUAUACUGGUAAUAUUGAUCAAUUAAAACAAGCAUAA